GCUUCCUCUGGCCAGGCAAUAGGGUGAAAGACCACAGCCUUUGGCAUCAGGCCUAUGUUCAAGUCCUAGCCCUGCCACUUUUGAGCUGGGUGACCAUGGGCAAGUUACUUGGCUGCUCUGUACCUCAGCUUGCACGUCUAUAAAAUGGGGGAAAUGAAAGUCCUUGGAGAAAAUGAACUGGCAUGUGUAUAAGGAUGCUCUCGUUCUCUGUUGCAGCCUGUGCCCUUGUGAGGCUGGCAUGCAGGAUGGCGGGACAGCCCAGCCCCAUGCCCCAUGGAGGGAACCCAAACAACCUCUGCCACAGCCCAGGGCCUGCACAUCCUCCCGACUCACAGAGGCACCCGACCGCCCUGUCUUUUCGCUGCUCGCUGGCAGACUUCCAGAUCGAGAAGAAGAUAGGCCGUGGGCAGUUCAGCGAGGUGUACAAGGCCACCUGCCUGCUGGACAGGAAAACUGUGGCUCUGAAGAAGGUGCAGAUAUUUGAGAUGAUGGAUGCCAAGGCAAGGCAGGACUGUGUCAAGGAGAUUGGCCUCCUGAAGCAAUUGAACCAUCCGAACAUCAUCAAGUAUCUGGACUCGUUUAUUGAGGACAAUGAGCUGAACAUCGUGCUGGAGCUGGCUGACGCGGGCGACCUCUCGCAGAUGAUCAAGUACUUUAAGAAGCAGAAGCGGCUCAUCCCCGAGAGGACGGUGUGGAAGUACUUCGUGCAGCUGUGCAGCGCUGUGGAGCACAUGCACUCACGCCGUGUCAUGCACCGAGACAUCAAGCCCGCCAAUGUGUUCAUCACGGCCACGGGUGUCGUGAAGCUUGGUGACCUUGGCCUGGGCCGCUUCUUCAGCUCUGAGACCACCGCGGCCCACUCCCUAGUUGGGACACCGUACUACAUGUCACCGGAGAGGAUCCACGAAAACGGCUACAACUUCAAGUCCGACAUCUGGUCUCUGGGCUGUUUGCUGUAUGAGAUGGCAGCUCUCCAGAGCCCUUUCUAUGGAGAUAAAAUGAACCUUUUCUCCCUCUGCCAGAAGAUCGAACAAUGUGACUACCCGCCUCUCCCUGGAGAACAUUACUCUGAGAAGUUACGAGAACUGGUCAGCAUGUGCAUCUACCCUGACCCCAACCAAAGACCCGACAUCGGAUAUGUGCACCAGGUUGCCAAACAGAUGCAUGUCUGGACUUCAAGCACCUGAACUUGGAUGCACCAUGCCUUAUGAAAAGCCAGCACCACUUUGCCUUACUUGAGUCUUCCUCUCUCAGAAGUGGCCACCUGGUAGCCUAGAACAACUAAGACAAGAGGGUUCAGCAGGUUCCCCAAAGGGGGCCAGGCUUUACAGCAGAGAUACUGAAGACAGCAUCUGGGGAGGGGGCUGGUCACGUUACUGAUCUUCAAAUUCAAAAGUUCUGUAACUGUUGUGGACAAUCCAGGCUGGGUUGUUAAAAAGGAGGGGUUGGUUCAGCAAGCCCCUGAAGUGCCCCUUGUAUCUGGGUUGUAAUGUGAAUCCUUUGGAGAACUCCUUCAGUGACUCGUCAACGUUUAUACUAACAGAAUUGCAGGAGACUGUGAUUUGUAUAGUGAGCCUUGGAAAAUGGUUAAUAGCAAGUUCAGUUUAGUUCUUAGUAUCUUUUCCAACAAUCAGUCUGUGAGCUUAAUUUAGUCUGUUGUAAAGGGAUGAAGUGGAAAUCAUUUUUUUCACAUACAGUGGAGAUUUUGCCAAUAUUUUUAUCUACAUUAUAACUUGAUGAAUGACAGUGAGGAGAACCCAGCAUCUGGCAUAAAGCUUCAGAAGGCAAAUGAUAUUUGAAAGCCAUGAGUGUUUUCCUUGCAGUCUGGUUCAGCCGUCUUCUACUGAGCACCUGCUGUGUACCAGGCACUUCAUCAUCUGCUUGAAUGCUGAGACUUCAUUUCACUAUCAGUGUUAAGCCGUGGAAGCACGGGAUACAAAAAAGACAAGGCCUUUGCACUCAGGCUGUCCUCUCUACAAAUUCUGAUUCUGCAACUUCCUAGUGUGAUCUUGGACAAAUUUCUUAACCUUUCUGAGCCUUAGUGUCCUCACCUGUAAAAUGCGACUAACACCUACCUUUAGGGUUGUGACAGAAUUUGAAAUAAAACAUGCAAGUUAUCCAACACAUAGUAGAUGCUCCAAAAAUGGUAGCCACUCACCCCCUCAAAAAACUGAAGUCCCCAAUCA